UACCUCUUAACUUUUAUUGCUCUAAAAGAAACCGGGAACCGCCUAACUCUCUCCUCACUGCCGCACGGCUCGCCCCACCAACACUGUUCCGCCUCCACUUCACCACCAGUCACACCACACCAAGUCAUCACCUCACCGCUCCGACGCCAUCACCAAAUCGAUUCAAGGUAAUGGGUAGUGAAGCUAAUUUGAAAUCAUGGGUUUCCGACAAAUUGAUGACCCUUCUCGGUUAUUCUCAACCCACCCUAGUGCAAUACAUAAUUGGUUUGUCUAAGCAGGCUUCUUCGCCUGGGGAUGUUGUGGGGAAGCUAGUGGAAUACGGGCUAUCAUCAUCGACUGAAACUCGUGAUUUUGCGCAAGAGAUAUAUGCACGGGUUCCUCGUAAAGAUGUGGGAGUUAAUAUUUAUCAGAAGCAAGAAAAGGAGGCGGCUAUGUUGGUGAGGAAACAGAGGACUUACCAGCUUUUAGAUGAGGAUGAUGAUGAUGAUUUGCCUGUUGCUGAGAACAAAUCUUCUGCCACCAUUAAUUAUGACUCAAAGAAGCCAGAUGCUCGGAAAAAACGGUUCAGGAAGAAAAGUGACAAACUCGAGGAGGAGGAUGAUGAUGAUGAGGUGACGAUAAAGAGAGAGAAACACAGACAGGUCAAGAGGAAAUAUUCCGAUGCCGAUGAUGAUUCCGAGUCAGAGGAAGAAAGAGUCCGUGAUCAAAGAGAGAGGGAGGAGUUGGAGAUACAUCUCAAAGAGCGAGAUGCUGCUCGAACAAGGAAGCUAACAGAGGUAAAAUUGACGAAGAAGGAGCAAGAGGAGGCGAUUCGUAGAUCUAAUGCUUUGGAGCAAGAUGAUAUUGAUGCACUUAGAAAAGUUUCUCGACAAGAAUAUUUGAAGAAAAGGGAGGAAAAGAAAUUGGUGGAGCUCAGAGAUGAGAUAGAAGAUGAACAAUACCUAUUUGAUGGUGUUAAGCUUACUGAAGCAGAGCAACGUGAAAUGAGGUACAAGAAGGAAAUACUUGAGCUUGUCUCCAAAAAGAGGGGAGAAGAUGCUAGUGAGAUAAACGAGUAUAGAAUGCCGGAUGCAUAUGAUGAUGUGGAUGGUGUAGUGAACCAAGAGAAAAGAUUUUCGGUAGCUUUACAUCGUUAUAGAGAUGGUGGUGAAUCUGGGGGUAAAAUGAACCCAUUUGCUGAACAAGAAGCUUGGGAGGAGCACCAGAUUGGAAAAGCAACCCUAAAAUUCGGUUCUAAAGACAAGCGGCAGAAUGCAGAUGGCUACGAAUAUGUCUUUGAAGAUCAAAUUGAUUUCAUAAAGGCCUCUGUAAUGGAUGGGGACAAGUUUGAAAAUGAGAUGCCUACUGAGUCAGAGGAGUCCUCCAAAGCAAAGUCUGCUCUGGAGAAGCUUCAGGAGGACCGGAAAACUUUGCCAGUCUAUCCAUACCGGGAGCAACUACUGGAUGCUGUUCGCGAUCAUCAGGUCCUUAUAAUUGUUGGGGAGACUGGUUCUGGAAAGACUACUCAAAUACCCCAGUACCUCCAUGAAGGUGGAUAUACAAAACUUGGAAUGAUUGGAUGUACUCAGCCAAGGAGAGUUGCUGCUAUGAGUGUUGCUGCUCGUGUUUCCCAAGAAAUGGGUGUGAAACUGGGGCAUGAGGUGGGUUAUUCCAUUCGAUUUGAAGAUUGCACAUCUGAGAAGACCUUUCUUAAGUAUAUGACAGAUGGUAUGCUGCUCCGUGAAUUUCUUGGUGAGCCUGACCUUGCUAGCUACAGUGUUAUCAUGGUGGAUGAAGCGCACGAGAGGACACUCUCUACAGACAUAUUAUUUGGUCUGGUCAAGGAUGUGGCUCGCUUUCGGCCGGAUUUGAAGUUACUCAUCUCAAGUGCAACUCUUGAUGCUGAGAAGUUCAGUGACUAUUUUGAUUCUGCUCCAAUAUUCAAAAUUCCAGGGAGGCGUUACCCUGUUGACAUACACUAUACAAAGGCACCAGAGGCUGAUUAUUUGGAUGCGGCCAUUGUUACCGCAUUGCAAAUACAUGUCACGGAACCAUCUGGUGAUAUUCUAAUAUUUCUGACUGGACAAGAAGAAAUAGAAGCUGCUGAAGAAAUAUUGAAGCAUAGGACUAGGGGCCUUGGCACAAAGAUUGCUGAACUUAUUAUAUGCCCAAUUUAUGCCAACCUACCAACAGAUUUGCAAGCGAAGAUAUUUGAACCUACUCCUGAAGGAGCACGUAAGGUUGUGUUGGCCACAAAUAUUGCAGAGACAUCUCUUACUAUUGAUGGAAUUAAAUAUGUUAUAGAUCCGGGAUUCGUCAAGAUGAAGUCAUAUAAUCCACGAACAGGGAUGGAGUCAUUGCUGGUGACGCCCAUCUCCAAGGCAUCGGCAAACCAACGCGCAGGUCGAUCUGGACGAACCGGUCCUGGAAAGUGUUUUAGAUUAUAUACUGCUUACAAUUAUUACCAGGAUUUGGAGGAUAAUACUGUCCCUGAAGUUCAGCGAACAAAUCUUGCAAAUGUUGUGCUUUCCCUCAAAAGCCUUGGAAUUCAUGACUUGUUGAACUUUGAUUUCAUGGACCCUCCACCAUCUGAGGCAUUAUUAAAAGCUCUCGAGUUGCUUUAUGCGCUUGGUGCUUUGAACAAGCUAGGCGAGCUGACUAAAGUUGGUAGAAGAAUGGCGGAAUUUCCCCUUGAUCCCAUGUUAUCGAAGAUGAUUGUUGCUUCUGAGAAGCAUAAAUGUUCAGAGGAGAUAAUUACGAUUGCAGCAAUGCUUUCUAUUGGAAACUCGAUAUUUUACCGCCCCAAGGACAAGCAAGUCCAUGCAGAUACUGCAAGGAUGAGAUUCCAUGAAGGGAAUGUUGGAGACCAUAUAGCCCUUAUGAAGAUUUAUAACGAUUGGAAAGCAUGUGAUUAUGGAAGCAUGUGGUGCUUUGAGAAUUAUGUUCAGGUCAGAAGCAUGAAACGAGCAAGGGAUAUUAGAGACCAACUCGAGGGACUCCUUGAGAGGGUCGAAAUUGAAGCCACAUCGAGUCUAAAUGAUUUGGAAGCAAUAAAAAAGACUAUAACAGCAGGUUUCUUCCCUCAUACGGGAAAGCUGCAGAAAAAUGGAUCUUACAGGACAAUUAAGCAUCCUCAAACCGUGUACCUUCAUCCUAGUUCAGGUUUAGCACAGAUGGAGCCACAACCAAGGUGGGUUGUAUACCAUGAACUAGUUUUGACAACAAAGGAAUAUAUGAGACAGAUAACUGAGCUAAAACCGGAUUGGCUGAUUGAGAUCGCUCCUCAUUAUUAUCAGAUGAAGGAUGUCGAAGAUGCUAGCACGAAGAAAAUGCCACGGGGUAAGGGGUAUUCUGCUGCUACUCAGGGAACUGCUUGAAGAAAUGUGUAGAGAAUUUUUGUUCCAAAGUAAUCAAUCGAUCAUAAACUAAAAAUAGCAUUUUCAUGUCCUAUUCUUUAGUGCCUAAAUUUGUACAUAAAACUGUAUACUUGUAUAUAACAUCAGUUAACCCAGUUUUGUCUUGUUUUUAGCUUCACUUACUUUUAUCUUACAUAGUUUUAGAUGAGCAGUGACAUUGUGUAGGGCUAAGAGAGGGUAAUGGACAAGUUUUGGUGGUUGUAUAUGAUUUCA